CGAAGGUUCGCGCGUCAUUCAUAGGUAGUCCGUUCAGGACCGUCUGUUUUUAUCUCGUCUUUGCUUCCCGCUUACCUGUGUAUAAAAUGUAAUUUACAGACUACCACAAGAUUCUGCCCCUGCCGAUCCUUUAAGGUGCGUUUUGUGGGAAUACUUCCAUGCAUGAUAUGGAAGUGACUGAAGCAGUAUAUUUUGUUUGUAAAAUUUCUCGUUAUUGUAAUCAGGCUCGUGCUUCUUAUGGCGAUUAGUCUACUACUGUUCAUUUUGAAUGGCGCAAAUUCGUUAAAUAUAUACUUUAAUAUUAUGUUGCAGAUCUAGUUUCGUGCUUAUUGGAUAGGUUUGUUGGAAUGAACACUUGACCACUAGAAGCACUAUUUUUGUACAGGUUAAUAACAAUAUCAAAAUUAUUUUGCUAGAUUUCCUGCCUUCUACAUAUCCAUUUCCCGUCUUGUUCGAUUAAUAUAUAUAUUUUGAAGGAUUUAUAAGACUGAACAAAUUCAACUGCUUUGGUUCUGAUUCUGAAGAUACUUUAUUUUUCUUAGGGACGUUUUAUAUGAGAGUAUAGCUACGGCGUCAUUUUGCAAGUGUAAAACUAGUAUGCCAGUUUCGUGUUGCAGAUGUCAAUCAAAAGGUUACAUUAAACGCCCGAAAACCAAUGAUAUUAUGUGUAAAGAAUGUUUUUCUUGGUGUUUCGAAGAAGAAAUACAUUGGACAAUUGUAAAUGCCAAGCUUAUUAGUCGUGGUGAUAAAAUUGCUAUUGGUGCCUCUGGUGGUAAAGAUUCUACCGUAUUAGCUUACAUACUAAACUUGUUAAAUAAAAGAUAUGAUUAUGGAGCGGAAUUGCUUCUUUUAUCUAUUGAUGAAGGUAUAAGUGGAUAUAGAGAUGACUCAUUAAUGACUGUUCAGCGAAAUCAAAUCCAAUAUGGACUUCCGUUAAAAAUUCUUUCUUAUCAGGAUUUGUACGGAUGGUCAAUGGAUGAUAUUGUGAAGCAUAUUGGGAAUAAACGAAAUUGCACUUACUGUGGGGUAUUUCGCCGUCAGGCUUUGGACAAAGGUGCACUACUUCUUGGAGCUAACAAAAUAUGUACUGGUCAUAACGCUGAUGAUAUUGCAGAGACAGUGUUAAUGAAUAUUCUACGAGGUGAUAUUGGUCGAUUAAAACGAUGUACAGCUAUAAUGACAGGUACAGAUGGUAUACUUCCUCGUUUUAAACCUUUUAAAUAUGCUUACGAAAAGGAGAUUGUCAUGUAUGCACAUAUGCAUAAAUUGGAUUAUUUUUCAACUGAAUGUAAAUACGCACCACAAGCUUAUCGAGGGCAUGUAAGAGCGUUUAUCAAGGAUUUGGAGAGAAUACGACCUAGGACUAUCAUAGAUAUUAUAGCAUCCGGUGAACGUAUGGGUAUUCGAAGUGAUGUAAAGAUGCCUCAGAAAAGUACUUGUGAAAAGUGUGGAUGCAUUUCAAGUCAGCUUAUAUGUCAGGCAUGCAUUCUCCUAGAACAGCUUAAUUCCGGUUUACCACAGAUAACUAUAAAAGAUACCGAACAGGAUUCUCAAACUGACUAGUCGGGCGAUGUCAAUUUUAUAUCAUAUAUCAGAUAUUGUAAAUAUAUUCCUAUUUGGAUAGUGGUUCUUAUGAGUGGAAAUUCUUACUUUAAGUGUCAAAUUAGUGUUGUAUGUUUUGAAUUUUUCAUGUAUAAAGUAAUGGAAGUAAA